AUGGCCUCCUUGUUCCCUCAGCCGACCGAGGCCGCGUAUUCCACGUCCAGUAACACAACGCCCUCACCUGUCCAGUAUACGCCUGUAUCCGACAGGUCCGAGGAUGAAUCUGGGCCGCCAAGCCGCCCUCCCCCGGGCUCAUUGAAAGUGCAAACGCAAUUUGGUGCCGACGGAAACGAUCGUGACGAUGGAUACGACUCUUACGACGAUACCGAAGAGAAGCCCGAUACGGGCUUCCCGAAGUAUACGGCAAUAGAAGAGAAGCAGAUCGUGAAGAAAUUCGAUCGCCGGCUAGUUCCAUUCUUAGCGUUACUCUAUUUACUCUCUUUUUUGGAUCGAUCUAAUAUUGGAAAUGCUAAAAUUGCUGGCAUGACAGAUGAUCUUAAGCUUUCAUCUUCGCAAUAUGAAUGGCUUCUUACAGCAUUUUACAUUACCUACAUCCUCUUCGAAUGGAUGACUCUGAUGUAUCGUCUUGUCCCACCACAUAUCUACAUCUCACUCUGCGUAUGCGGAUGGGGCCUCGUGGCAUGUUUCCAAUCUCUAGCUACUUCAUUUGGGGGUCUUGUCCUCCUACGUGCCCUUCUUGGAAUUACAGAAGCGGCGUUUGGCCCGGGCGUUCCGUUCUACCUAUCACUCUUCUACAAACGUGAAGAGCUCGCAUUUCGAAACGGAUUGUUCAUUUCUGCGGCACCCCUGGCUUCGUCAUUUGCCAGUAGCCUUGCUUGGGUGAUUGUCAAAAUGAGCAGCAACGGCCCAAUCGCACCCUGGCGGACUCUGUUUUUGGUAGAAGGAUUUCCAAGCGUGAUCGUCGCAGUCUUUGCCUGGAUCCUGAUCCCAGACUCACCUGGCAGCGCCUGGUUUCUCGGACCUCGACAGAGAAUGGUAGCCGAGCUGCGAAUGGAAGAGAACAAACCAAAUCACCACGAGCCACGUCGAGGGAAGUUCAACUGGAAGGAAGUCAGAGCCACGCUGGCCGACCCCAAGUCCUAUAUUACAGCCUUCAUGUUCUUCAGCUGCAAUGUAGCAUUCAGCUCCAUGCCCGUUUUCCUCCCCACCAUCAUAGAAGACAUGGGCUACUCCUCCGUAACCUCACAAGCCCUGUCCGCCCCACCCUUCCUCUUCGCCUUCAUCAUAGUCCUCCUAACAGCCUACAUCUCCGACCGUAACCGCAAAAGAAGCCCCUACCUCAUCACGCACGCCCUCCUCUCCUCAGCAUCCUACCUCAUCAUCGCCCUAACAGGCCACUUCCACGCCCACCUCCCCGCAACAGCACACACCACCAUUCGAUACCUCUGCGUCUACCCCGCAACAGCGGGCUUCUUCUCCGCCAUCACCCUAAUCAUGACCUGGACUAUGGACAACCGCGUCGCGAAAGAAGGUAAAGGCGCGAGCAUCGCCAUCAUGAACGUGAUUGGCCAGUGUGGACCGCUCCUCGGGACGAGGUUGUACCCUACUGUUGAUGGCCCAUGGUAUGUCCGUGGGAUGGCGACUUGUUCGUUCUUCAUGGUUGUUGUGGCGGCUUUGGCGUUCGUGCUGAGGGUUAUGCUGCUGAGGGCGCGUCGCAAGAUUGAGGCAGAGGGAGUUGAGAUUGAGAUGAAGGGUGGGGAGGAGAGUGAGGUACUUAUGGGUGGGAGGAAUAUUGGACGUCGUGUGGAGGAGAAAUUUACAUAUAUUAUCUAA